UCAGCUUGUUGUAGGAGUGUUAUGGUGAUCGGUGAUAAAGUUAAAUUAUCUGAAGCAGCAGGCUGACUUUUUGCCCCAUAUCUGCAUGAACACUGUGGCGGUGUGGCGGGCUGCUGGCGAGGCGGAGACACCUGAUUGGCUGGGCAGCAGGGCGGAAGUGCGUCUACCGUCCCAGCUGAGCUGAAAACAAAACAAAACGAGACAAGCUGCGACUGCACCAUGAUGGAUGAGCUGGUGCAGGACCUGGUGUCUGCUCUGGAACAGACCUCAGAGCAAAGCAAGCUGGGGGAGCUGUGGGAGGAAAUGGUCCUGAGUCCCCUGCACCAGCGCCGGCAGAUCCGCCGGCGCAGAGGCCGCAACAAGCGCUAUCGUGAAUCUUCUCUCUAUCCGCUGCAGCACAGACGGUGUUGGAUUGAGGCCUCGGAGUCCAGCUUGGACGAGACUAUACGAUACCGAGAGAACUCUUCCUCAACCAUUACUGCCUCUGUGGCUAGCUGCAGUGACUCUGAUGACAAGACUUCAACCAACCAAUGGCGCUCCGUCAUGACUAGGCAGUCCUCCUGGCCAGAGUCCGACUCCUUCACCGACAAUAAUCCAGGACGGCAUCUCAGGAAGCGGAGGAAGGUCAAACGUAUGACCACAGACGUCACAGUUAGGUUGCAGCAGAAGUUAAAGGUUUCUGGUGUAGAUGGGAAACAGAGACACAGGCCGUCUAAGAUGCAGCAUCUGUCAGGAUCGAAGAAGAGGUCGAGCGGUUGGGUUGGAGCAGGGCGACAGACCGAAGGAGCCAGGCUGAUGGGAAAGAAGUGCUGGAAGAGAAAGGUGUCCAAGGAACACAGAGAUGCUGCAGAUGAGAACAUGUCUGAGGGGGAAACCAGCAGUACAUGCAGCAGUGACCCUGGCCUGUUCACCAAUGAUGAGGGAAGACAAGGCGAUGACGAGCAGAGUGACUGGUUCUUCGAGGGGGACUGUGGAGUCGGGACGGGUGUGGCCGGCCUGCUGUCCAGCUGGGACUCAGACAACCAGCUUUCCCUCGAGGAUAACCGCCCCCCGCCCACGUUCCUGCAACCUGCACGGCCCUCUCAGAGAGGGUAUCGGUAUCAUUCACGUCUGAAGCGAGUGCCCGGCUAUGCUGCAUGCUGCAUCAAGAAGGACAGGAGGCAGCUUCCCAGCAAGGGCAACGGCAUGCCAGUGUUUGUAGAGAGACUGGGACACUUCUCCCGAGAUCCUUACCAGAGAGACUUUUUGCUGCCUUCUGUUGGAAAACGAGACCGAAGCCAGUUGAACCCUUUGUGCCCAUUACCAGUGUGUCCUAUUGACAUGGUGUCAGAGAGCUCCCAUCUCAGAUGUUCCUCCUCAAUCUGCAGAAACAGGCAGACUAAUGUCUUCUGUGCAUACCAGUCCCAGAGUGACAUCAGGAGGAAGAGGGAAACAGAAGCUGUGUCCGUCACAACAACAUCAGCGAGCAACCCAUUUCAUAAGGAUCACCAGAGAGCAGAGGCACAGGGAGCCACCUCAACCCUAGAGACUGUGGGACCAAGUGCACCAGGUUUACAGAGUUCAUCUUUCCUCCAGGGGGACCAUGAGGAACCUGAACGGGGCUGGACAAGCACACCUAAAUGACAAAGGAAAAGCUACUGUGCCAGAUAAUGAAGAGGCCAAAACUCCUCUUUCUGUACAAACUUUAUGACAAAGAAAAAAUACAAAGCACAUCAUUACUCCUCAAAUCAGCAUGCUACUGCUAGAUCCAGUCUUUCCAGGUAGUAUAUUAAGCUUGACAAAUGUUAAUGCAAUCAAGCCUUGUUAAACCCUCCGCCUUCUCCUCAAAGCAGCUUCAAGAGGCUCCUCGUUUGACUUAAGGCUGGAAGGCUCAUCCGGUUUCCACACAGUCUAGAGGCCACCUGCUACCACACAAUCCAACAAUUAUGUCCACUUUAGAAGCGCAGCGUUUGCCAGCAGGAACACUGGGAGGAUGGUAGGGUCAGGUGAGGCAGGGCCGUUUUGUGGCCGGGGUGGAGGGGGUGGGGGGGGUCUCCUCUUUACGGCAGACAACAAUGGCCAUGCAGGCAGCACGUACUGUGGCCAGCUCCGAGACAGAAGAGCAUCAGAAUGUUUAGCUACCACAUGCUACAGGAUUCAGAGAGGCGACCACCAGUAGAGAGCCACACAAAGUACAGGCCUCCUAUUAGCAUGGAUUUGAAAAGCUACAGUUUGUACAAAGGUGCUCAUUAGCACAACACAGAGGGAGUGUAGUCACCGUCCUCGGAGGGCAGCCUCUGUUCUCUUCAGCUUACCUUCCAUAUUCAAAUGUUCCCAAAAGUAUUUAAGUUCAAGGCCAGCUGCAAAUCUGUUUGAACAGGCUGUUUUUCAGCAGUGGUGGAUUAGUUGCUGUGCAGAGAGCCAGCAGAAAUGAGUUGAAGGAGCUGUUGGAGACAGGAGAGGAGAGUCGUACACUGUAUUUUCACCUACCCUUGGGGUAUACAUUUCCCCAGCUCUCUUGGCAUCAAAUGUAUUAAAAGAUCAAUGGCAGCAUACAGCAAGAUCAAACAAAACCCUUCUCACCAAGCUGGUAAACGAGCAGUAUUUUCAGAAGAUUGCAUUUUUAUAUAGGAGUCAAGUGAAGUACAAUCUACUUGACCUAAACCACAUAGGUGAUAACGUUCUUUAAAAACACAAACACAUACACUUGUACAUAAUCUCUGCUAGAGAGUGUCUUGAAAAGGUAUUUUAAAGUGAAAUGUUGACGUGAAGAGAAAACAGAGUGAAUUUGGUCGCAUGCAAAAGUUAGAUGCUUUUAAAAAGCUUAUCUGAGCGCCAAAAGGCACAUGAAUGCACUUUCUAUAAUGAUUACAUGAUACCUUUUUAGUGAAACAAACUGCCUUGUCACCAGCUACAUUCAGCAUGUCUUUUCAGACACUUUAAAGCCUUAUUUAAGAGAAGAAUCGCAUUUCGUAGAAUGAGAUUUGCCAAUUAACGUGAGUUAUACGUCUGCAAUAAUCCGUCUGAGAAGGCUUUAUGUGAUCAUGUUGGCCAGGGAUGACAUUUAUAAAUGCUGUGUGUGCACACUCAUCUAAAUGGAUACCUCACACAAGACAUCCUGCCACAGGAAUCAGUCAAAGUGUUGAGGCAGAGCAACCCCCACACACACACACACACAC